AUGAAUGUCAAAUUUUACAAGAAUUGUAAAAACACAGGUAAAAUUCUGAAAAUUUCAUGUGUAAGAUAUCAUUUGUGAAAUUUGACAUUCAUUUUCUGGGUCUCCCAUAAGAGAUUUUCCUUGGUGCUAUUACAGAUGACUAAUUACAUCUUUAGGCCUUGAAAAACGUAAAAAAGAAUGCAAUAUGCUUUAAAUUAUUCUGGUACAAGAUUUUUGUCCGCUGAAAAUUAAAAUGACCCAAUUUCCUGGUGGAUUCUGUCUUAAUAGUCUUACUUAAUUGUAUCGGACGAACGUUUUAUUUCAUUUAGACAAACUAUAUGACAAAAAAAAUUACUAUUAAUACUGAAGGUGAAGGAGAAAAUCGCGGAUUGUCUUCUCUUCCUAAUUAGACCUGUGCAACACACCGUUGGGAAUGUCCAACUUCAAAAUCCCAAGCCAUAAUCUACAUGCUUCUAGAGACACAGCAUACUGGGAGAGAUGGAAUGCAAGAAUAAAUGAUAACGUCAGCGGGUGGUGUGUGGGAUAUUCAACUGACCGCGAAUGGUACCAGAUCACGCUUGACGCUGAACAUUACAUUACUGCUGUUGCAAAUCAAGGAACACCCAGGGGGUUUGUGUACGAGUUCUCUCUGGCUUUCAGCCGAGGUCUUGGUUGGUUCGACUACAAGGAAAAUGGAACUAUCAAGGUAUGAAAUAUUAUGAUCUCUCUGACCGAGGCCGACUGUAAUAAAAUCGCGUACAGAAGUAUUCGAGAAAUUUGUAAUACUAUGAUAUAGUGACUAGAAUGGAUACUCCAAAUUCAGGUUGACACCUCAUACCUAGUAAAAUGUUAAGUUAUGAAAGCCCGGUUUUUUUUAGCAAAGCUGUCCUGAAAGAGGGUCAUCUCUCUCGCCGAGUCAACUUUAGCGAGCGUUAUAAAAAAGUAGUUCCCUUUGCCCGAGCAAGAACUGACAACAGCGCCAGUGCGCAUGCUCUGAUGUCUCCUCUUGACCGUGUUGCCCCGGAUUCGCGGAUAGGCGAGCAAAAGUGUGUAUGUGGAAAACGUCGGCCGGGCUAAAAGGGUAACCCCGCCAGGCGGGUAACUCUUAUCCCUAGCCGAGUAAAUGUUUUGUUUUUCAUGCAAACGGUUCGCAGAUUUUGUAAAGAAGUGGAGGUAACAUUGGCUCGCCCGGGGUAGCUCGGGCAGGCGAAUGUCCCUUCUUCCUGGGACAAGUUUUCUCCGACCUUCUCCGGAUAAAUGGUGUCUAAACUAUUGUUAUAUGCGAUUGUCCUUGUGGCUGUCUCAGUUUGAACUCAUCUUCUUGUGUCGUUUGUCUUAUAACGCUGUUUUAAAGCCAUUCCAGGUCAGAAUGUUAGCCUCACUUUUUUUAUCAUCUUCUUGUUUUAUUUGUGAUGUCAUUAUGAUUAAUCAUUCCUUUUGUAUAUAUUUUAUCUCUGCAGAAAUUCCGUCGCAACACAUUGGACUUCUUCCGUACAGUUUCAAUACACAACCUGUCGUUUCCAGUAAGAGCAACGGUGAUGCGAAUCUACCCCAAAAGAGCUAUUGAUGACGUUUGCAUGAGACUAGAAAUCUACGGCUGUCUAGGUAAACGUUCCGGAUGUUCUUUUUCAAACUUAAGCAAUCUAAAAAGAAGUUGCUUCAGGGGAGAGAAAGAGAAAUAGGUCAGGGCUCUCAUUCCCUUUUCAAAGUUGUCUCUAUUUUAAGAGUUUUGAGUCUCAGCUUGUUUUCACGAAUAACUUGAAAAUCGAUUGCUACUGACUGUUCUGCUCAAAGGGAUAACGGGAAUUAGUACACAACAAAAAGUAACGAAUCCUCAAAUACAGAUCUGAAAAGCAGUACGUAUGUUUUACUUUACCCGACUUAUUGUUAACUUUUUAAAAUAUAGCGAACGAAGCUGUAUAUCAGCUUUGGCUCGCAUGCAAGAGAAGCUAGCUUCGCUCUCUAAAAGUUUGGUUAAGCAAUAAAACAAUCAUACCUUAAAUAGUUUGCUAGUUUCGAUUAUCUCUUGUUACAGAUGAAAACAAAUGGUGCUAAAAGAUAGAAUAAAAUAUCAUUCCUCUCUACUUUUCUUGUGUAUUGCAAUUAUAAAUUUUUUUUCUUUAGCUUGUUUGGAUUCAUUUGGUAUUGGAGAGAGGAUCAUUUCUGACAAAGCCAUGAUCUCCUCAACUACAAUGGGCGUUGGGUUCGAGCCCUUCCAUGGUCGUCUGAGGGGCAUGUCAGGAAAUGGUUCAUGGUGCGGUAAAUCUUCUGAUUUGGAUCCAUAUCUACAAAUUGAUCUUGGAGACAGGUUUCAGGUCUCCAUGAUUGCUAUACAAGGAAAUGAACUCUACGAAUGGGUGCAAGAAAUUUGCAGGUAUACGUUAAUUGGUGGGGUUUAACCAUUUAAAUAUAUAUCAUGGUGAUUUUGUUUCUUUACCUUUCUAAGCCCGCUACCAGUAUGUCAAUUUAUGACAGGGAUCUUUACAUUUUAAUACUGGAAGUCUGCUGACCGGGAGGCUUGGGUUCAUAACACCACCGUGCAUGCGUACGCACUUAAAUUUUUCGCGCGUAAAUGAAAUAGAGGCAAUGUGUGGAAGGUCGCUCGUAAUCUCGCUCAAUUUUUACGUCACGCGCGACUUUUUAUAUAUCGCCUCUAUUCUAUUACGCACGUAAAAGUUACGCGACAGUGGAAAUCCACGCUAAAGCUCGCCAAUUUUUUUCUUCGUUACGCUUUCCAGGAGAGUAACGCGUGACCUUGGUUUGUGGUUACUAACUAUGUGGCGUGACUUUAAGAUCAUCAAUGUAACAUAGUCUUUUUUCUAUGGCUUUAAUACACAGAGGGGAGUCAAAUCAAAGUUCUUCGCUGAGCUCGACUGAAAAUAUCACGGUUGGAAACAGUUCCGUCGGAAAUAAUUCUAUUGUAAAUGCUACUAUGGCCAGUAAUUCUUCAGGAAAUAUUACGCUUACAAAUGUCACAUUGGCUAACAAUUCUUCAGGGAAUAUCACGCUUGCAGAUGUCACAUUGACUAACAAUUCCUCUGGGAAUAUCACGAUUACAAACAUUGCAGUGGGGCAAAAUUCUUCUACGGACGCGCUCAAUGUCACUGAAUUUAAUAAAAAUACCAGUAAUGCUACGCUUAACGAAGCAGAACGUCCACCCUGUCAAGAAAUCCUCGAAAUUCGAAGGAGAGCAUUUGUAAUAAUGUUUAAGUUAUCGUACAGCGACAACAGCGAGCAGUGGAGUUACUAUCACGAAGGGGGGAAAGUGAAGGUAUGUUUAUUCAUUUUACAUGCUAUUGGCACGCGGUUCUGUGAACCAAGAACCCGUUUAACCUGCCGUUUAACCUUGCAAAUGUAUCACUUGUUAUACCAAUGUGAGCACAGUGGUAAUUCAGCCGCCCUCAUUGCUGCCCGCCACUUCGCCACUUUGGGACGUUUCGUGAGUGAUAGAGACGUGGGUGUUUUAGCCACUUAAUAUUCCGUAAUGAUGACGUCAGUUUAUUCAGAAUCUAUCAGUCUUUCAGGUCAAAAACAUUAACGUCUGUCUCGUGCAGCUGUAUUUCGAGGAUGAGGUGGCCAUUGGUACUGUAGCUCGACUAUCCUUGUCUAGUCACGCAACGCUUUUCCUGAUUGUUGCGUGACGAGAUGAUGAAGCGCUGUCUAGGAGACUGAGGGAACUGUACUUAAGUUUGGUUUCUUUGAACAGACUAUCGAUUGUGGUUGGAGGAGGAGAGGGAGUGCAGCGUGGAGUGUUGAGAAGGGGAGGGACUCCCGUCUCCGUCUAAUUACGCUUUCUUACCCUUUCCUUGUCCUAUCCUGCCUAAAGGUAGAUUAAAAAGUGGGUUAAAUCUAACGUGCGUAUUAGGACGGAAAACGCGCGCAUAUAUGUGAAAGUUGAGGAAUUUCAACCUUCACGUUCACGCGCGACUUUUUGUGCAUUGUUUUUUUUAUGGUGCAUUUCCAAGUUGAACCCCGCUAAACGUUUACGUCUCUGCUCGUCCCCUCCUAUAUCGCCUCUAGUUUAUUUAGGCAGGUAAAAUUCAUGUUUGUAGGGACAUUUCCUCUUGUUCAUUUCCUUUCUUUAUAUUUUGUACGAUAUUAAUCAAUGAGUGCGAUUCCGGUUUGCUAGGAAUUUGAAGGAAGUACCGAUACAUCUACUAUUGAAGUGAGAAGUUUGGGGCUGACCGCUCGAUAUAUUAGAAUACAUCCUGUGACAUAUAAAUUUCGACCAUGUUUGCGAGUCGAAAUUUAUGGGUGCAAAGGUAUAGUAUGAUAUAUGAUGGUUUAUCUGCUAUGAUAUAGCUUCGUCGCCCUUUCUCAUUCAGUGUAUUUUAAUACCUUAGACAAAUGAAUUGCACACUUCUGAACAGUUCUAGGUUGUAGGAGACGGCAAAAGAUCUUGCGAAACCUGAACAUUGUCUUGCAUCGCCAAUGGUUCUAAAUACCCUUUACCUUUGCCUUUGUUACGUGAACUAUUCAAAAACGUGUGAGCAUUAAUUUUUUGUGCUAACCCCUUUAAAAAGGAGAGCUACCGUGCCUUUUGUCCGAAAAGGCAAUAAAUGUUUCCUGGAACCCAUGGCCCCGUCUGGUUGAUCGGCUCCGAGAUAUUUUUUUAGCAGACAUCAGGCAAGGUUACUCCGGAAAGGAAAGUUUUCUUAUCACGAAAAAUAAGGAAAUCACGCAUUGUUUAGUCGCAAACCGCUCUGAACCUUCAAUUUACAUUUGAUCCUAAAGAAAUUUUUCCCCAAGGAUUGUGAAAGAUUGUGAAACUUCGGCAUUGUGAGCCGUUAUGUACGUGUUCCACAUCCAACGUAAAAUUGGCGGCCAGUUGGCCAGAAAUUUUGGCAUUUUGGCAUUUCAUUUUUUGCUAGUAAGGUUUGUAGAUGAAAGAUGCGGGAAAAAAUAAAAUGGCAACUAUGUUGAGCGUUCCAGCCAUUUAAUCCGGUCAAUUUCGCUUUGGAUCAUGUAUGAUCCAAAAUUGCGGUUCAGUUUGUUGGAUGAAAAUUUUGUUAAUAUCAAAUGGUCUUUCAAAGCCGGCACUGAGCGCAGUUAGAAAGUAAAACGUUUGUCACUCUUUUAUAUUUGUCAUGAAAAAAUAAUGUCCUCGUCUGCGCGAACUAAGGACGGUAUUGUUGUGUUAUUUUUUUUCAUAGAAUGUACAGACGCUCUUGGGGCCGGCUCAGGGCACCUCCCCAACAAGGCAAUGACAGCGUCUACUUUCUUGGGCCCAGGCUAUCAACCUUGGCUUGCUCGUUUGUUUAAUCCGGACGGGGCCUGGUGCUCAGCCACAACUGACGAGCACCAGUUCCUUCAGAUUCAGUUUGCUCAAAUUCGGCUGAUUCGUGAAUUGAGGAUUCAGGGAUCUGUCGCCAAGAAAGCUUGGGUUAAGGCGUACAAGCUAGAAUAUAGCGAAUAUGGCGAGACGUGGGCAACAUACGACAAUCUGGGACAGGUAACUAAUGUGAUCACAUAAUUAUAUGUGAUCACAAUGACACUAUGUGGUGUCAUGGGAUGUCAUGUGAUCACAAUGACACCAUGCGAUUAGAUCGUAUCACAUGAUCCCUUCCAAACAAGACUUCAAUAAUUUCAUUUUCAUAAGAAAAGAUUGAAGCGUGUUUGGUUACUGACCGUUCAAAGACUCUUUUAAAAAUUUGCACUAUUCAAUUCUUCGAUGUUGGCCGUCAUUUUGAAUAAUGCUUAUUAUUCUUGUCUUCCUAGACUCCUCCUAUGCGUUACGCCAUUUCGUCAAUUGACGGGAAACAUAAGUGGUCUAAAAGUCACUCUUUCAAUAAGUUUUGCUCCAAAUGACGGAAUGACAUCAGUCUUGCAGAGGAUGAACUUUGAAGGCUUUUGAGUUUGAAAAUAUUCAGUAACUAAACACAUUGACAUGUUCUUAUUUGAGGGUACAGAAUACUGUCCUUUCCUGGGUGUCUUUGUUCGCUGAAACCAGAUAUGAAUUUAGCAACGCGUAUUUGCCAAUAGGUUUUACACCUUAUAGUAAAUCGUAUUCUUCAUGUUCUUGUUUUUCUUGUAAUGGAAGACCAAAUGUCGGCGAAAGUUAGGUAAACAAAACCCUGGAAGUCACUAACCAGGUGAAAAGCUUGCAAGUUGCUCAAAGCGGGAGCCAAAGGUAGUUACGGGUUAUUCUACAUGGUUGAAUUCACAUUUCCUUCUUAGGCCACGACUGGGCUAAGGCUGUUGCUGAUUUGAACGUUGACCUCUUACAUAUUCGAAAAUGGUGUUUCGAAAAUCGUCUUCUCCUGAAUCCUGAUAAAACUAAGCUUAUUGUUUAUGGAAGUUGCAAAGUUUACAAAAUCUGCGGAAAUCCGUCUCUCCCUUUUAGGAAAAGAACUAAUACCGGCGCACGUCGUUUAAGACAUAGUCGUGACUUUCGACUCGAGCCUUACUUUUCACGAGUUUAUCGUUUAAACAGUUUCUUCCUGCUUCUAAAGUUUAGCUCGGAUCAGCCGUGUUAAGCACGUGUUUGACAGAUCGACUUUAACCACAAUAAUUAACACCAGAAACCCAUAAAGGGUUUUCAACUCCUUAUGAGUUUCUGUUAACACUUAACGUCUAGUAUAAAAACGGUAAAUAAGAUAGACGCAUUAAUCGUCUGAUAACUUUAACGUCUUCUGUUAAGUGCUUCGAUUAGACGCUCUUAACAGACGACUUAAACGUCUCAGACGUUGGAUGCAUCUAGUAUAAAAACGGGACCCCGUAAAUAGGCGAGUUUCGAAUUCCCCGGGCGGCCUAGGACGAGUGCUUGUUUUUGCGCGAAAGCGAGGCUAAUGCGGGUCACUUCUCAACAAGAAGACAAACAAAACUGAGAAAACUGCGUUUGAGUUGCCGAAAAAAAGGAAAAUUUGAAACGUUGAAAGGUUCCGGAGGCCUCAAAACUGACUUACAGGUUUGAGAAAUCAUUGUUUCAAACAGGAAAAGAGAAAUCAGCUCGUCAUUACUGAGAAAAACAACGAGCCUAACCAGAAAUCGACCGAAAUGGUGUUCAAUAAAAAUGGAAGAUUUUUUCAAAAUCCUUAGGCACUGAAGGUAAUUUAAUGUUAUUUCAGUGAUAACACUGAUGGUUAAAAGUUCUUAAAGCCAUACCUUCCAUUGGAGUGGAUGUACUUGUCGAAAGCCUGCAAUUUAAACUGAAACCUUAUUUUUAGUUGACUUUUUUUCUAACGGAGCGACUGCAAAAUCUUUAAAUUAACCGACGGGGCAGACGUUCUGCAUUGAUUCCCCGCACUGUGAGGAAGUUAAAUCGGUUUUAACGAAGAUGACUAAAAUAGUGUAAGUUAAGUUAGUUUCGAGUAUGAAGCACCUGUAAUAAAAAGAGCGGCCCUAUUUUGCAACUUUUGAAGACUGUCUACCAACGUUUCGCCAAUACUAUCCCAAACAAUACAACAAUAAGUAAAAUAACGCUCAACUAUUGACCUGUAUACGUUUAUGAGGUGCUUCAAACCAACAAAAGGCCUAAUCCUGUUAAGAAUUCUAAUGCCACACCCCACCUUUUGUCUGACACUUUGUAAAUGAUUUCUCAAAGUAAGAAAUUGGUCGAUAGUGAGGCCAAGACACCUUGUAGUUUCGACCUGUUGUAACGUUAAACUAUUCACACUUAAUGAAAUAUUUCCAGCUAAUGUUGCAAUUCUCUGCCGAGAACCUUUCAUCAUAAAAUCUGUUUUUAGAAUAUUCAAUGUGAGUUUAUUUGAGCUGAGCCAAUUAAAAAUUCUGUUAAGGUAGUUGCUCAUUUCAGUCUUAAGGACUGAUAAAUCCACGGCAGAGAACGUUAAAUUUGUAUCAUCAGCAAAUGACCUUCCUAUACUAUGAUCUAAGCAAUUUGGUAAGUCAGUAUUGUAAAUAAGAAACAAGAGUGGGCCUAAUAAAGAACCGUGUGGAACGCCACAUACAAUACGAUUUUUUACAGAGGACAAUCCAUUUACCACGCAAAAUUGCUGUCUGUCUUUUAGGUAAGACUUGAACCAAGAAGCGGUUUGACCCUGCACUCCAUAGUCAGACAGUUUUUUCAACAAGAUAGCAUGGUCAACAGUGUCAAAUGCCUUCUUAAGAUCACGGAAAAUAACACCACUGACCAUACCUUUGUCAAUAUUAAGACACCACUGAUCUGUCAUAUCUAGAAGCGCAGUUACAGUUGAAUGAAGAGAUCUAAACCCAGAUUGACGAGGCUGAAUAAGGUUAUUUUCCGUAAAAUAGGCGUAUAUCUGCUCAUAAACUAAUCAUUCAAAACCUCUGGCCAUAGUUGGUAAGACAGAAAUCGGUCUAAAGUUAUUUGGGUCAUUACGUUCACCUGAUUUAAAUAGCGGAAAGACCUUUGCAACUUUCCAAUCAUCUGGAAAAGUAUUUGUAGUAAUCGAGAGGUUGAAAAGGUCAGCUAACGAUAUAGAAAUAACUGGAGCCGCUAUUUAUAAAAUCUUGUUUGGGAUGUUAUCAUGACCAGUCGCCUUUGCAACAUUUACUUCCUGCAGUUUUUUUAAACACGUCAGAGAUCGUGACUUCCUUCAGUUCAAAAGAAGAAUUUACACGCUGUUGGGAAUCAGCUGGAUUUACAUCACAAUCCACCGUAGGGAUUUCAGAUGCAAUUUUCGGCCUAACGUUUGUAAAGUGAAUAUUCAAGUAUUCAGCCAUUUUCUCGGGAUCUUAUAGAGGCCCAGAAUUUUCUGUCUUUAAAUCAUUAAUCUGUGUGCUGUCCGAUUUCUUACCCAUUAGGUCGUUAAGAAUAUUCCAAGUUGCUUUCAGGUUACCAGAGGCUCCUUCUAUUUGAUGUUUGUAAUAAUCCUUCCUGGUCUUUUUUACUUUUUUGUUAACCGUUAACUUUUUAGUUUUAUAUGCCUUCCAAACAUCUGGCCGCUGCGUUUCUGAAGCUUUUUUCUUUAGCCAGUCACGUUCAUACAUUUCCUCUUUUAACUGAGAAUCUAACCAAGGAGCGGGUUUAUUUCUGACUCGCAUGACUCUUCUCGGAGCAUGCUUAUCAAAUAUAUUCAAAAAUAUAUCUUUCUCUGCAUUCUACGCACUAUUCAUUUCCAUACCGCUUUUGAUAACAGGCCAUGAGGCAUUUUUCAGAUCUGUUAAGAAAUUUUCCUCUCUGAAAUGUUUAAAAUUCCUCGAUUGAAUAGACUUUGGUUGUCCCCUGGGUAAACCAAUUUUUCUAACAGCAUAAAUUAAAUUGUGGUCGCUAAUGGAAAGUGUGUAUACUCCCGAAUGAGAAAUAUUUUCUUCCUUGUUCGUAAUAAAUACAUCAAUAAGAGGUUGCUUAACUCUAGUAGGUUCUUUGAUUAAUUGUGCCAAUUGAUAAUCAACCAUCAAGUCCAAUAAAUGGGUAGUGUGAACCUCUGGUGGAUUUGAAAGAAUAUUACGGUUGAAAUCUCCCAGUAUGUAAAUUUCUGAAUACCUGGCAUCUGCCUCCUUCAAAAACAUUUCGAAUUUUUUAAAAUAAUCUAAAGGUGUGUUUGGUGGCCGGUACCAGGUAGCAAUAAAAAAUGGACAUGAAUUUGGUUUCUGAAUUUCUAAGGCAAUUAAUUCAAGAUCAUCAUUUUCAAGUUGAUACUGCCCAGAAAAUGUUAUUGUAUUACGCAGGUAAAAACAAACUCCACCACCGUGUUUGUUUCUAUCCCUGCGAACAAUAUUAUAACCUUCUAGAUUAACUAUGCGAUCACUAUCUACCAGAUCCAAUUUUGAUUCAUUAAUAGCCAAAACAUCCAAGGGCUUAUUUGCCAGAAAGACUUUUAAUUCAUAUAUGUGUUUAGUAAGACUGUUUACGUUGAGCAAGGCAAUUUUUGAAACCUCUAAUUUCAGAAAUAAUCUUAUCAAAUGACAUUGGUUUGGUAGAACAGUGAUCAUUAGGUCGUCGAUUACUAUCUACACAGGUCAAAUUUCAACCUCCAUUAAUAUAUUCCCUAAAAUUAGACGAAAGGCGGUAAACGCCUUUCCGAUUUAAAUGCAACCCACUUCUAUUAAGAGAGUCCUCUUUGAUGUUACUGUUAUCAAUAAAAACCCAGUUCUUACUCAGAAAAAGAAGAGAGCCGGCGAUUUACCUCAUCAAUCUUGGAAUUAAGAGAUUGAUCAUCAGAGCUGAAGAUGAUUGAAGAAACUGCGACGUCGAUGGAUGGAUGUUUCGCUUUGAUACUAUCCACUAAACCAGCCACUUUGUUUUUUAUUUUCUUUGGUUGAUCCAUCUUCAAAUUCUUGGUGCCGACAUGUAGGAUAAUUUUCUUCGGUUUCCGCUUGAUAACCGGUUUUGUAAAAUCAACCAUGUCAUCAAUGGUGGCCCCAGAAAAAGAAACAGCAUUAACAUUUUGGUUUCUUGACAAUUUCUUACCAAUGAUGUUUUUGGUAAUAGAAUUACCAAUGACAACCACAUCUGCAGGUUUGUUUAAAACCUGUUUACUCUGACUUGUGAUGUUGUUACCAGAGGCUACACCUUUGUAGCCAGCAAGAUUUUUCUUCUUCUUUGGCUGCACCGUUUCCCAAGAUUUGGAGGCUUCUUGUUCGUCAUUUAGGUCGACUGCAUUUCUUACCCCUUGUUACCCCCUUGUUGCCCUUUUUACCCCUUGUUACCCUUGUCACUCUUGUUACCCUCGUUACGCCUUGUUACCCAUUAUACCCCUUGUUACCCUUGUUACCCCUUGUUACCCCCUGUUACCCUCGUUACCCCUUGUUACCCCUUGUUACCCUUGUUACCCCUUGUGACCCUCGUUACCCCUUGUUACCCCUUGUUACCCCCUGUUACCUUUGUUACCCCUUGUUACCCUUGUUAUCUCUUGUUACCUCUUGUUACCCUUGUUACCCCUUGUUACCCCUUGUAACCCCUUGUUACCCCUUGUAACCCCUUGUUACCCUUGUUACCCACUGUUACCCUUGUUACUUCUUAAUACUCCUUGUUACCCCUUGUUACCCUCUUGUUACCCCUUGUUACCCCUUUCUACCUCUUGUUACCCCCUUGUUACGCUUGUUACCCCUUGUUACCCCUUGAUACCUCUUGUUACCCCCUUGUUACUCCUUGUUACGCUUGUUAUCCCUUGUUACCAUUGUUACCCCUUGUUGCCCCUUGUUAACCCUUGUUACCCCUUGUUACCGCUUGUUACCCCUUGUUACCCCUUGUUACCCUCGUUACCCCUUGUUACCCCUUGAUACGUCUUGUUACCCCCUUGCUACUCCUAGUUACGCUUGUUACCCCUUGUUACCUCUUGUAACCCUUGUUACCCUUGUUUCCCCUUGUUACCCUUGUUACCCCUUGCUACCCCUUGUUACCUUUGUUACCCCCUGUUAUCCUUGUUAUCCCUUGUUUCCCCUUGUUACCUCAUGUUACCGUUGUAACCCCUUAAUACUGCUUGUUACCCCUUGUUGCCCUCUUGUUACCCCUGGUUACCCCUUGUUGCCCUUGUUACCCUUGUUGCCCCUUGUUACCCCUGUGAUACCUCUUGUUACCCCCUUGUUACUCCUUGUUACGCUUGUUACCCUUUGUUAUCCUUGCUACCCCUUGUUACCCCUUGAUACCUCUUGUUACCCCCCUGUUACUCCUUGUUACGCUUGUUAGCCCUUGUUACCAUUGUUACCCCUAGUUAAUAAUAAUAAUAAUAAUAAUAACAUAAUUUAUAUAGCGCUAACUCCACUAAUUGACCAAAGCGCUUUACAAUUCAUAAUAUUAAAAUAAUUAAAAAGAUCCCACUGGUAAUAAAAUAUGAAUAAAUUAAAAACCUGUUACCCUUGUUACUUCUUAAUACCCCUUGUUACCCCUUGUUACCCUCUUGUUACCCCUUGUUACCUCUUGUUACCCCCUUGUUACUCCUUGUUACGCUUGUUACCCCUUGUCACCCUUGUUACCUCUUGUUACCCCUUGUUACCCCUUUCUACCUCUUGUUACCCCCUUGUUACGCUUGUUACCCCUUGUUACCCCUUGAUACCUCUUUUUACCCCCCUUGUUACUCCUUGUUACGCUUGUUACCCCUUGUUACUCCUUGUUACGCUUGUUACCCCUUGUCACCCUUGUUACCUCUUGUUACCCCUUGUUACCCCUUUCUACCUCUUGUUACCCCCUUGUUACGCUUGUUACCCCUUGUUACCCCUUGAUACCUCUUGUUACCCCCUUGUUACUCCUUGUUACGCUUGUUACCCCUUGUUACCCCUUGUUAACCCUUGUUACCCUUUGUUGCCCUAGUUACCGCUUGUUACCUCUUGUUACCCUUCUUACCUCAUGUUUCCCGUUGUUACCCUUGUUACUCCUUGUUACCAUUGUUACCCGUUGUUACCCGUUGUUACCCUUGUUACUCCUUGUUCCCUCUUGUUCCCUCUUGUUAACCCUUGUUACCCCUUGUUACCGCUUGUUACCCCUUGUUACCCCUUGUUACCCUCGUUACCCCUUGUUACCCCUUGAUACCUCUUGUUACCCCCUUGCUACUCCUAGUUACGCUUGUUACCCCUUGUUACCUCUUGUAACCCUUGUUACCCUUGUUUCCCCUUGUUACCCUUGUUACCCCUUGCUACCCCUUGUUACCUUUUUUACCCCCUGUUAUCCUUGUUACCCCUUGUUACCCCUUGUUACCCCUUGUUACCUCAUGUUACCGUUGUUACCCCUUAAUACCGCUUGUUACCCCUUGUUGCCCUCUUGUUACCCCUGGUUACCCCUUGUUGCCCUUGUUACCCUUGUUGCCCCUUGUUACCCCUGUGAUACUUCUUGUUACCCCCUUGUUACUCCUUGUUACGCUUGUUACCCUUUGUUAUCCUUGCUACCCCUUAUUACCCCUUGAUACCUCUUGUUACCCCCCUGUUACUCCUUGUUACGCUUAUUAGCCCUUGUUACCAUUGUUACCCCUAGUUAAUAAUAAUAAUAAUAAUAAUAAUAACAUAAUUUAUAUAGCGCUAACUCCACUAAUUGACCAAAGCGCUUUACAAUUCAUAAUAUUAAAAUAAUUAAAAAGAUCCCACUGGUAAUAAAAUAUGAAUAAAUUAAAAACCUAUUAGCAGUCUUAUUUAUAAAAAUAUCACAAUAAAUCCUAUUCUAAAUUAUCAAAAAGUUAAACAUUAUAUGCUUUUUUAAAAAGAUCAGUCCUUAAGUGUUUCUUCAAUAAAUUAAUUGUAACUAAACUUCUAAGAUCUAAUGGCAGCUCAUUCCAGAGUUUAGGUGCAGCAACAGAAAAGGCCCUGUCUCCGUAUGUUUUAAGUCUUGACCUCGGAACUGCCAGAAGUUUUUGAUCAGUAGAGCGUAGCGUACGUGAACAUGUACGAUAACUAAGUAAUUCCGUGAUAUAUAAUGGUGCCAUACCAUUUAGCGCCUUAUAAACUAACAAUAAAACUUUAAAAAGAAUCCGAAAGUGAACAGGUAACCAAUGCAGUUGAAUCAAUACAGGGGUGAUAUGAUCAAAUUUCUAGGUUGAAGUAACGAUACGAGCAGCCGUGUUUUGCACAGACUGCAAACUACCUAUCAUAUGCUUAGGGAGGCCAUACAAUAAAGAGUUACAAUAGUCUAGUUUAGAAGUAACAAACGCAUGAACAAGAAUUUCCGUAGUUUCCUCAGUGAGGUACUUCCUAAUUUUAGAAAUGUUCCUCAAGUGGUAGUACGACGUUUAGUAGAUCUUAUUUACAAGUUCUACCAUAUUACAGCAUUCAUCAAAUAUGACACCAAGUUACCCUUUGUUACUCUUGUUACCCUUGUUACCCGUUGUUACCCCUUGUUACCCUUGUUACCGUUGUUACCCCUUGUUACCCUUGUUACCCUUGUUACCCCUUGUUACCCUUUGUUAUCCCUUGUUACCCUUGUUACCCUUGUCAACCCUUGUAACAUUUGUUACCCCUUGUUAUCCUCUUGUUACCCUUUGUUACCGUUGUUACCCCAUGUUACCCUUGUUACCCUUUGUUACCCCUUGUUACCCUUGUUACCCCUUGUUCCUUCUUGUUACCACUAGUUACCCUUGUUACCCCUUGUUCCUCUUGUUACCCUUUGUUACCCCUUGUUAUCUCCUUGUUACUCCUUGUUACCCGUUACCUCAUGUUCCCCUUGUUACCCCUUUUUACCCCUUGUUACCAUUGUCACCCCUUGUUACCCCUUGUUACCCUUGUUACCUCUUGUUAACCCCUGUUACCCUUUGUUACCGUAGUUACCCCUUGUAACCUCUUGUUACCCCUCUUACCUCAUGUUCCCUCUUGUUACCCCUUGUUACCAUUGUUACCCCUUGUCAUUUCUUGUUACCUUUGUUACCCCUUGUUACCCUUGUUACCCCUUGUUCCCUCUUGUUAACCCUUGUUACCCCUUGUUACCGCUUGUUACCUCUUGUUCCCCCUUGUUACCCUCGUUACCCCUUGUUACCUCUUGUUACGCCCUUGCUACUCCUUGUUACGCUUGUUACCCCUUGUUACCUCUUCUUACCCUUGUUACCCUUGUUUCCCCUUGUUACCCUUGUUACCCCUUGCUACCCCUUGUUACCCUUGUUACCCCUUGUUACCCCUUGUUAUCCCCUUGUUACCCCCUGUUACCCUUUUUUCCCCUUGUUACCCUUGUUACCCCCUUGUUACCCCUUGUUACCCUUGUUACCCCAUGUUACUCUUGUUAUCCCUUGUUACCCUUGUUACCCCUUGUUCCCUCUUGUUACCCCUUGUUAACCCUUGUUACUCUUGUUACCCUUUGUUAUCCCCUUGGUACUCCUUGAUACCCUUGGUACCCCAUGUUACCCUUGUUACCCUUGUUACCCCUUGUUACCCCUUGUUACCAUUGUCAUCCCUUGUUACCCCUUGUUACCCUUGUUACCCCUUGUUACCCUUGUUAACCCCUGUUACCGUUGUUACUGUAGUUACCCCUUGUUACCUCUUGUUACCCUUUUAACCUCAUGUUCCCUCUUGUUACCACUUGUUACCAUUGUUACCCCUUGUUAUUUCUUGCUGCCUUUGUUACCCCUUGUUACCCCUUGUUCCCUCUUGUUCCCCCUUGUUAACCCUUUUUACCCCUUGUUACCGCUUGUUACCCCUUGUUACCCCUUGAUAUCUCUUGUUACCCCCUUGCUACUCCUUGUUACGCUUGUUACCCCUUGUUACCUCUUGUAACCAUUGUUACCCUGGUUACCCUUCUUUCCCCUUGUCACCCUUGUUACCCCUUGCUACCCCUUGUUACCCUUGUUACCCCCUGUUAUCCUUGUUAACCCUUGUUACCCCUUGUUACCGCUUGUUACCCCUUGUUACCCCUUGUUACCCCUUGACACCUCUUGUUACCCCCUUGCUACUCCUUGUUACGCUUGCUACCCCUUGUUACCUCUUGUAACCCUUGUUACCCUGGUUACCCUUCUUUUCCCUUGUCACCCUUGUUACCCCUUGCUACCCCUUGUUACCCUUGUUACCCCCUGUUAUCCUUGUUAGCCCUUGUUACCUCAUGUUACCGUUGUUAACCCUUAAUACCGCUUGUUACCCCUUGUUGCCCUCUUGUUACCCCUGGUUACCCCUUGUUGCCAUUGUUACCCCUUGUUGCCCUUGUUGCCCCUUGUUACCCCUGUGAUAGCUCUUGUUAUCCCCUUGUUACUCCUUGUUACGCUUGUUACCCCUUGUUAUCCUUGUUACCCCUUGUUACCUCUUGAUACCUCUUGUUAGCCCCUUGUUACUCCUUGUUACGCUUGUUAGCCCUUGUUACCAUUGUUACCCCUUGUUACCCCUUGUUACUCUUGUUACUCUUGUUACUCUUGUUACCCUCUCUUCAGCUACUGAAUCGUGUUAAAAGUUUUGGCGGCCAUUCAGUUUCGGUCGAGGGGUGAGUGGCGAAAUUUUCCUUACUUUGCCAUUUCGCAGGCGUUUCGCCAUCGUGAAGUCCAGAAGGAUUGUCAGAAUAGAAAGCGAGAAAUCGGGUAUAUGUCACUCGAAAAUUGUCCAUUCCUAAAGACUGCAUACUUUCAAUCACUGUUUUCCAUGUGGCUGUGGUUUUAACCAAACGAAGAAGAGAGAGAAGGCGGUGAACGUGAGCUUAUUUACUGUCGGCCAUGUUUUUGUAGGGUUUGUGGAACGCGUGGGAUUUUGAAUCCGGAAUACGGAAUUAGCAACCCUUUUCCUUCGUUAUUUGUGGAAAAUCAUUUCGCAUUUACAAUAUUUUUUUGUUUCUCUUUUUUUAAAAUUAUAGAAUAUUAAGCAGGAAGUCUCAAAGGUCUUCUUAGCCUGCUCUAGACACUAGGGGGAUUCCCUAUCCAAUCUGUCGCUGCUGUUGAAAAUGUCUCAAUUUAAAUAUUUUACUUCUUAAGAGGAGAUAUCUGAAGUUCAAAAUUGAUAAACUAUGAUUCAAGAACAGCUGAAGAGUGCAAAUUUGCAGUGUCAAUACGUCAUUUAAUGCUUAUAUUAUUUUCCUUGCUCUCGCUAUUUUUCCUCGUCUUCUCCUUUCUAAGUGUGAUUUUCGGGCACAGUGAGAAACGAACCAUCUUGGCCUAAUAAUAAUAUUACCUGUAAGUUGUCUCUUCUUCGCACUCCAAGAAAUCGACUUGUGAAUGUCUUUGAAUAGCCUCAGAAUGACUCACAAAGUUAACGGGGGUGACUGAACAAGCUUUAGUAUGUGAUGGGGAACGCCCUCUUUCCCAGGUGCAGCUGCCCCCUUAUAACACUGCUGUCCCAGCUCUUGUAUACUGUGCUUUUUUAGCAAAAUUUCUUUGCUGUGGAAAACAUUUCAACAAUCUGAAUUGAAACAUUAAGUCCCUCACAUGAGGUUGCCGUCAAAAGGCAAGUAGGUGAUAAGGGAGACAGUUUUUUUUGCGUCAUGCAAAAAUCUAAACUGCGCUAAGUGGCCUGGCUAUUUUUGAUGAAGUUCAUUCGAUGAUACGACUCAGAAAAUCUUCAAUGUUGAAACACUGGAAAACUUUGCAAGAGUGCUGGGUAAAUGCCCUUGACACCCUUUAUGACUUAUUCUUGAUACCUGAAACUCUUCUUUGUAUGGGCGAGAGGGUUUCUUCAACUGAGAAGUUUAUGAUCUGCUUAAUAAAUAAGCGCAGUUUUAUAUUUCUCACCCAAAGCAAAUAAAACGGAAUUUUCACAAUUGCAUUGAAAUGAAAUACCAUUUAGAUGUCAUAACAUAACAUAACAUAUUUUAUGUUAUAUAACAUAACAUACCAUAUUUUAUAUAACAUAAGAUGUUUUACGUUAUAUAACAUAACAUGACACAUGUUAUAUAACAUAAGAUGACACAUGUUAUAUAACUUACCAUGACAUAUCUUAUAUAACAUAACAUAACAUGAGACAUGUUAUAUAACAUGACACAUGUUAUAUAACAUAACAUGACAUAUGUUAUAUAACAUAACAUGGCACAUAAUAUAUAACAUAACACAUGACCAUGUUAUAUAACAUAACAUGACAUAUGUUAUCUAACAUAACUUGACAAAUGUUAUAUAACAUGACACAUUACACAUGUUAUAUAACAUAACAUGACACAUGUUAUAUAACAUAACAUGACACAUGUUAUAUAACAUAACAUGACAUAUGUUAUGUAACAUCACUUGACACAUGUUAUGUAACAUAACAUGGCAUAUGCUGUAUAACAUAAGACAUAACACAUGUUAUAUAACAUAACAUGACAUAUGUUAUAUAAUAUAACAUGACACAUGUUAUAUAACAUAACAUGACACAUUUGAUAUAACAUAACAUGACACAUGUUUUAUAACGUAACAUGACACAUGUUAUAUAAGUUAACAUGACAUAUCUUAUAUAACAUAAAUAACAUGACACAUGUUAUAUAACAUAACAUGACAUGUUAUCUAACAUAACAUGACACAUGUUAUAUGACACAUGUUAUAUAACAUAAUAUGACACAUGUUAUAUAACAUAACAUGACAUAUUUUAUGUAACUUAACUUGACACAUGUUAUGUAACAUAACAUGACAUAUGUUAUUUAACAUAACUUGACGCAUGUUAUAUACCAUAACACAUUACACAUGUUAUAUAGCAUAACAUGACACGUGUUAUAUAACAUCACAUGGCACAUGCUAUAUAACAUAACACAUAACACAUGUUAUAUAACAUAACAUGACAUACGUUAUAUAACAUAACAUGACACAUGUUAUAUAUCAUAGUAUGACACAUUUGAUAUAACAUAACAUGACACAUGUUUUUUAACGUAACAUGACACAUGUUAUAUAACAUAACACAUGACACAUGUUAUAUAGCAUAACAUGACACAUGUUAUAUAACUUAACAUGACAUAUCUUAUAUAACACAGCACAUUACACAUGUUAUAUAACAUAACGUGACACGUGUUAUAUAACAUAACACAUGACAGAUGUUAUAUAAUAUAACAUGACAUGUGUUAUAUAACAUAACAUGACAUUUGUUAUAUAACACAACACGACACAUGUUAUAUAACAUAACAGGACACAUGUUAUAUAACAUAAUAUGACACCUUUUAUAUAACAGAACAUGACACUUGCUAUAUAAGAUAACACAUGACACAUGUUAUAUAGCAUAACAUGACACAUGUUAUAUAACUUAACAUGACAUAUCUUAUAUAACACAGCACAUUACACAUGUUAUAUAACAUAACACAUGACAGAUGUUAUAUAACAUAACAUGACAUUUGUUAUAUAACACAACAUGACACAUGUUGUAUAACAUAACAUAACACAUGACACAUGUUAUAUAACAUACAUAGCAUGACACAUUUUAUAUAACUUAACAUGACAUAUGUCAUAUAACAUAACAUGAAACGUGUUAUAUAACAUAACACUUGACAGAUGUUAUAUAACAUAACAUGACAUGUGUUAUAUAACACAACAUGAGAAAUGUUAUAUAACAUAACAUAUGACACAUGUUAUAUAACAUAACAUGACACAUGUUAUAUAACAUAACAUGAAACGUGUUAUAUAACAUGACAUGACACAUGUUAUAUAACAUACAUAACAUGACAGAUGUUAUAUAACAUAACAUGACAUAUGUCAUAUAACAUAACAUGACACGUUUUAUAACAUAACACAUUAGACAUGUUAUAUAACAUAACAUGAUAUAACUUAACAUGACACAUGUUUUAUAACAUAAUAUGACACAUGUUAUAUAACAUAACAAAACACAUGUUCUAUAACAUAACACGACUCAUUAUAUAACAUAACAUGGCACAUGUUAUAUAACAUAACACGACUCAUUAUAUAACAUAACGUGACACAUGUUAUAUAACAUAUUAUGUUAUAUAACAUGUGUACGUGGCAUGACACAUAUCCUGUUAUACAACAUAACAUAUUCUGUUCUGUUCUGUUAGAACAUCAAGCCUGGCAGAUAUUCAAGCUCUUUUUUUUCUUUUAAUUCACUCACUGAAUUUUACUUGAAUUACUACAGCACAAAUAAACCCUAUUACAUAACAUGACAAAUGUUAUAUAACAUAACAUGACACAUGUUAUAUAACAUAUGAUGUUAUAUAACAUAACAUGACACAUGCCAUGUUAUAUAACAUAACAUGUUCUGUUCUGUUCUGUUAGAACAUCAAGCCUGGCAGAUAUUCAGGCUCUUGCUUUUCUUUUAUUACGCUCACAGAAUGUUAAUUGAAUUACUAGAGCACAAAUAAACCCUAGACGUGAAAAAAUGCAAAUAAGCUUUUACAUCAACCAGUUCCAUUUAUGAAAUAAUUCUAUGUUCUUAGAAAGGAUGUUUUUUUUUCUUUUUUAUUCUGUACACGUUUCCUUAUUUGUAUAUUUAUUUUCUUUUAUUUGACGUACAAAACGAAGCAAAAUUUGAAUUUUCCUUUUUAUCCUUUUUCCCAUCUAUUUAUGCCCAACCGGUUCUGUGAUAAAAGAAAAAAAGGACAGGAGUUAAAACAGAACAAUUGAAAAUACUUACGUGACCUCACAAGAACAAGGGUAACAAAAAUCUCGCGGAUUUCUUGAAUGCGUCAUUUUCCAGUUAAUUGGUUUUUUUUUACAGUGAAGGGCAAUCUUUUUUCCUUUCAUGGCCUGGAUAAGGAUAACGACAGUUUUACGUGGCCACUAGUAUAAUUAUACUGAGACUGUGCCUACAGGCAAAGCAAACCACCAUCUUUUUCUACUUAUUCAUGCGAACGAUUAAAUUUUCCCGCCCUUGCCAAAAUUAGAUCCUAUUCGGUGACCUUCGUACGUGAAAGGUUACAGCUUCUUAGAUGGUUCUUUACUUGGACAACGCACUUAUUUAGUAAACAAAAAUUGUCUUUAUCGAACCACAAGUAAUAUUUGCUAUCCCGGCAAAGGAACAAUUCGCAGGUGCAUGUGCCAUUUUGGUUGUUUGCCAGUAGCAUAAACUGCGAUUUAGGUGGUCAGUGGGCUAUUGACCGCUUUGAAGAGUGACUGAAAGUUCUUCAGUAAUUGAGAGCGGUCAAAAUCUGUUAUUGAGAUAGAGCGGGUCGGAGGGGGAGUCAGUUCUUGUGGAAAACAGACUAUACCGUAGUCAUUUCUAAGUUUGUAAUCUAAGCGGGGCAGAGCGUCAGCUGUGACGUGCUAAGUAUCGCAACUUUCAACCCUCGGUUUCCGACGAAACUGUUGAAACUGGAUGACAAAUAAAUGUAUGAGAAUGAUUCAGAAGCUGAAUAAUGGAACUAUACCUAGUUGUUUGCUGUUUUGACAACUUAUUUUCUAUAAUUAUUUAUGUAGCAGCUGAGGACACGUUUGAAUAGCAGGCCGAGGUUUCUGAGACAUUCUGUUCAAUAUCCUGUUAAGUUAAAGAUGAAAUAAUUAUUGUAAUACGAAUUGAGUUUCGGCUAAUAGAGAAAGUAUAAAACUAUACAAUAUGCUCCAACAGGUGACGUUGAAAGGGUUGCGAAUUCCGCAUUCCGGAUUCCAGAUUCCUACCUUCCACAAACCCUACAAAAACAUAGCGGACAGUAAGUUCACGUUCCACCGUCUUCUACCCAUUCUUCUUUGGGUUAAAACCAUAGCCACAUGGAAAACAGUGAUUGAAAGUAUGUAGUCUUUAGGAAUGGACAAUCUUCGAGUGACAUAUACCCGAUUUCUCGCUUUCUAUUCUGACAAUCCUUCUGGACUUCACGAUGGCGAAACGCCUGCGAAAUGGCAAAGUAAGGAAAAUUUCGCCACUCACCCCUCGACCGAAACUGAAUGGCCGCCAAAACUUUUAACACGAUUCAGUAGCUGAAGGAUUGAACUACACAAGGAUAUGCAGGAGAGUCUGUAUAAGUGUGAGCCACUUUUGAGAUUUAAUCCACUGAAUUUGGCUAAAACCGUAUGUUUCGCUAAGUAGGUCAAAGGGGCUGACUGUUUUCCCUCAGAUUUCCUAAACGAAAAGGUGUUGAUGAUUCUGAUCUGUAUUAUUUUAAAGAUAAAGGCGCAAUCGGUUGAAUCUUGACAAAAUUUGCAUAUUUCACAACAUAGGCGUACGGGAAAUUUUUUGCCAGGGGGGGCGGUAAACCAUUUGCCCAAAAAAAUCUCGCAAGUUGCCCAAAUUUUUCCGAAAGAAUCGUAAAGAAAUGAGGGCCCUAUUGCAACAACGUAGACCCUCCUGGAAUAUGAAGGUGGCUCGAUACCGUUUUUCAGGGUCAAUACCAAGUCUGAGCAUAAAGUACGUCGCCAUAAACAAACAUUUGGAAAAAUUGCGACCACAGUUGUAUUAAGAUGAAAAUUUGUCAUCACCAGGGUUGCAAUGACAUCGGAGUUGUCAUAGCAACGAAAUGACUCCCCCCGCUCAUUACCUAUUUUACGUCAGCAAUGAUUCCCGGCACAGGAACCUUACAAAAUCGUUCACAGGAGCUUUUUUCUCCAAUACGGUCACCUCGAUGUUCGUGAAGUUUAAGCAAAACCUUAAGAGCGUUAUCGAGAUAUUUUGGAAUGAAGUUUUUAUUACAGUAAAAACCCGCAACUAAGAACGUAAAAAUUAAGAACCUGUUAGCCUAAAAUUGGUCAUUUAUACCCCCUAUAAACAAGAACCUAUUUAGCCUUAGAAAUUUAAAACAGGUUCUUAUUUCUAAAAUCAUACUAGUACAUUACAGCUGUAUUGCAAGAAUCAUAUUUGAAGCAAAAAAGCAGAUCGCCAUUGUUGUAAAAAUGUUUUUUAAGGAAAAAUGAGUACAAGGUAUAUGUAGACUUACAAAGCAUACUAAGCAAUAUGUAGCCUCAGCACACCAUUAUGCAUUGUUUUUUCUCCAGGAUUAAGAACCCAUUUUAAGAACCUAAAAAGCCUAAAAUUCUGUUAACUACCAUUUAUAUAAGAACCCGUUUAGGCUAACUGCUAAAAAUGUAGGUUCUUAGUUGCGAGUUUUUACUGCAUUAGAAAUACGGUAAGAACAGGAAAAUCUUGAUUUUUGGCUGUUAUCUGUAGAAAACGAAGCGCUUUUGACCUGCAAUUUCAUCUCAUAGUAGUUUUAAUCUUUUUAAAAACAUGUGUAAGAGAUCGUGGAGAUAGCUCUGCUUGAUUGCUAGAAUCGAAAGAAGGAUUUGAUUAGUAUGUAUCGAGACACUCUUGUUAGCGGUUUUGUAAACAUUUCGGUCUACUUUAACAAAUUAGCGUAUAAUUUUUUAAACCGCUCGAUAGAUUUUUUAAAAGAAUUAAAAUUCUUCUCGUAAUUCAAACUGAGAAUUAGUCAGCCACUUCUUCAUUUUCAUACCCACUGGUAAAUGCUAUCUGCCAUAUUUUGUUCUUCGAGUAGAGAUGAUUCUAGAAAGUUAUUCGAAAGUUUAUUUUAAUCAAUUCACGACUGGAAAUAGCCCAUUCCAGCUAGUGCAGUGCAGUAUAGUGCCCAACAAAAAAAAGCUGCAAAUAUGUAAAGUACCGUCAUCACAUGCUAGGCAACCACUGUAAUGUAACUGGAUUAUUACGCCGACUUCAGGUUAAUAUUCAGGUCUUUAAAAUAAUUAAAUAAACAUGGAAACGUCUUUAAAAACUGGCUUUGCCCAAAUUUUCUCUCGCUGCCCAAAAAAUCUGAGUUGCCCAAAAUUUGGGGGGGCUGCAGCCCCCCUCGCCCCCCCGGCCCGUACGCCUAUGUUUCACAAGCAUCUCAGGUCCUCGUGUGGCGCCGAAAGAAAAUUCUUUAAGACAAAUUUACAGAAGCGAAUUUCUCCAAUCUAGUUACAUAUUCGUUAUAUACUUAUUAAAAGAAACCUAAAGGAAAAUUAUGAGCGAAAUCCAUUUUGUGGGCAAAACUCGAUAUGAGGAUCUUACAGAGACUGGCUCUUAAUUUUUUAUCAGCUUUUCCCACAAUUUUAUUGUUUGCAAGAGAUAUCCCUUUGGCUUACUGGUAAAGUUUAAGCUUUAAAAUCUUACUGUUUUAAAGAUUUCUAUCGUUUUCCAGCGACUCAGCGGCAAAUUACCCAUGUUUGUUUUGUUUUUGCAAAGAAGUUGACCCGCGUUAGCCUCGCAAUCGUGCUCGCCCCAGGGCCGUCGGGAAUGUCCAAAUCGUCCAAAGACGACAGGGAAGAGUCAGUGUUUUUUCCACAAAACUCUGCUUUUUCAAUAUUAUCAAUUUCAUGCGUCCCGUGUUUACACCAAUCGACGUUAACGUCUUUAGCAUAAAAACGGCCAUUGUAUUAUUGUAUUCAUGAAUAGGGAGGUUUAGAAUCGCCUUUACAGCAAACGGCAAACUUAAGAUUCAAUUAUAAGUUAGCAAUUUACAUAUAUGUAUCAUACGAGGGGCUGAAAACUUUUUAAAGUAAUUCUUAUGGACAAACCUGGCAUAAAACUAAUUCUUUUGGUGUAGAAAGGUACGAUGAUAAGUAUAAAACUUGGUCAAGUGGUACAGUUUGCAGCACUAGCUUUAGUCUUUGCGCUUUUUGGCAGAUGGCAGAUUUCUAUGUUUUUUCUUUUUCUUUUUCUUCUUAAGUAUUCAAAAUGUCACAAUCUUUUUCUUUUUCUUUUCUUUCUCUCACAGGAUAUUGAAGGUAAUACUAAUGAGGACGAAGUGUCAGUGAAAGCAUUUUUGACUCCGUUUAUAGCAAAAUUUGUUCGAAUUCGACCCGUAACGUGGCACCAGACCAUUUGCUUGCGAAUUGAGCUGUAUGGUUGUGAAGGUAAGGUAUUAAAUAAAUAAAUAAGUAAAUGAAAAUAAAUAAAUAGAUAGAUAAAUGAACAAAUGAAUAAACGGAUGAGUGAGCGAAUGAAUGAAUGAAUGAAUGAAUGACUAAAACACGAUUGUGAGGUAGCAUAUCCACAUGGUGGUUCUUCAUGUACAUGUACCUGAUUCGUGGUCGAAUUUGAAUUUGGGAAUGUUGGUUUUUGAGGAAAGGGGAAAACCGCAGAACCCGGAGAAAAACUUCUGGGAACAAGAAAAAGAACCAACAACAAACUAAACCCACAUAUGGCGUCGACGCUGGGAUUUGAACCCAGACCAUAUUCGUGAGAGGCGAGUGCUCUUAUUAUGCGCCAUCAGUCCUUGCUGCCCUCGCACCUGUCUUAGUUUAUCCUGAGCCUUAUCUUGUAUACAAAUCCUCUCAGGUUUUCAACUCAGAAGUUGAUGACCGAGAUAGACUCGGGCCGCGCUCAAUAUGAAAUGAUCUUACUUAUUCUCGGUUCGGUUUUCAAAUGGCGAGUGGCAACAUAAAAACAGCUUUCUUAUUUUUGCUAUCAAUUGUCACUUCGCCUUUAAGGCUAAAGCGCAACAUGCAUGCCUCUUAUUUUCCUGAAAAAAAAGUUUAUUCUCGUGGGCUUUAACGCCGAUGUGAACAAAAUUACGAUACGCGUAAAUUGUGGGCAAGGGCACUGGAAAGCUCUAAAUACUUCCAAAUACUUUUUGUUUGGUGGCUAUUUUCCAGCCUGUCGAGCAGCGUUCUGCCAGGGUACGUUAAAAAGUUGAGCCAAUUACUAAUGAGACUUGAGCCUUUAACCUAACUAUCUGUUAUUAUCUUGGAACUUAUCUACUUUAAAAAACGCCCACAAAAUAGAACUGCAAUUUCCUGUUUCAUGCUAAUGCUUUCCAUAUAUGUAGAAUGCCUAAUAACAAAUAAGCUUGUUGACUUACUUUCCGUUGAUGCUCCAGUGUCGUCUAAUCCUAAACUCGCUUCACGUGUCAAGCUAAACUGGUUCUUAUAUAUUGGGUGGAUGUUUUGGCCAAAUUUCUACUUGAAGGUUGCCGAUCUACUGUUUCUUUUUAACGCCAGUGUUUUAGUGUUAAAUGUUUCUUUAGUUUCCUUUGUUUGAAAGACCGUCGUAUUUGAAUUAAACAAUAAAUAACCGGUAUCUUAAGUUAAAAAACAAGGGAAGAUGAAGGCAGACAUGAAAUCCCCUAUUGAAGUGCAGUUCAUCACUCUAGAAAUCUUUUAUUCUUCUUUGCAGCUUGCAACGAUCCGUUAGGAAUGGAAUCAAAUCAGAUCUGGUCUGGAGACAUAAAAGCCAGUCAUUACAGGACAGGAUAUUACCCAUAUGAAGCACGGUUGAAUGGUAAAAGUGCGUGGAUAGUCGAUUUUAAUCGCCUUCGAAAACCUUUCAUUCAAGUGAAGGUCCAGAGUAACGGUGAAUACACAGUGACUGGAAUCGCGACUCAAGGAUUUUACCAUAACGUUGUCCACUCAUUUACCUUAUCAUACAGUAUGGAUGGCAUAGACUGGGCCUACUAUAGGGAGGAUGGAAAAGUCAAGGUGAUAAACUAAAUUCUAGAGAUUCUAGAACGAGACUUGCGCUUCUAAAAACCGUUCACUGGAAAUUAUAAGAUAACUCAGGAAAAACGGAACGCAUUAAAGUUGCAUGGUUUGCAUGGAGGCGGCUGCCACCAUUGCAGCUGAACAGCAUUCCAUUUCUUGACCAAAAUUUCAAAAUUUCCUCCGCUGAAGAAGCUUGAACCUUCUGGAUUGAGGAGGGGGCUGGGGGGGGGGGGGGGGGGGGUGUUGGAGUCGAGUUUGGGGCAUUUCUCUUUUAGAACAUUUAGCCUUUCUUCGUAGAUCCUCGAAAAUGCAAAUUUUAACACUCAGAUCAUCAAAUAGUUUUGUUGUUGUUGUUUUUUUGGACAAUUUAUAUUGCGCUGUGGUGGUCACUUUUUUAUAAAUGUAAUAAAUACCAGAAGCAGGAUCUCUCGCUUCAUAUGGAUGGUAUUAACAGCCAGCGGUACCGAGGCUUUUGAAGUGUUGGUAAGCCUCCUGUUACCGGCAGACAGCAGACACUGUCAUCAUUGAAGAGAACAGCAGUGUUCUGCAAAACCUGUCCGGGGUAAAAAGAUCAGUUUUGAUAACUCUUUUUUCCAAGUAUAGUGUGGACACAGUGGAACUCAAAUAUAGCAAAGGACUAAGGGUGUUACAGGUUAUCGUUAUGUCUAGGUUCUUUUCCAUAUAUUUUUUUCAUUACCAGGGCGAUGAAUAUCGUUCGUUAUACUGAGUCCAUGCACGAGUGCACGCAUUUUUUUUUCGCUAAAUUUUCCCUGGCAAGAUCUUUUUUGGUUUCGCCUUUCCCUUCUCAUAAUUUUUGGAGGCGAUUUACUGAGUAUUCCAUAGAUUAUUACGAACAACUAAUGAAUGCUAGAUAUUCAUCACAGACGAAUGUUAUGAUCAAAGAUCCCUUUUUCUUUUUAACUACUGUUUGGGAGGGAAGAACUACCUAGAUUUGCAUGGAAAACAAUAAGGCCCUUGCAAGCAUUGAGAUUUCAUGCAUGAAUAUGUUAUGUUUUUUCGACAGACCUUCCGUGUGGGUGACCAUUCCAAACUGACAACACUGCACGAGUUAUGGAGGGAAAUCUCUCCUGUUUUUGUCAGGUUAAAUAUUGAAGAUGCUACGUCAAGUUGUGGAUUGAGGUUUGAGCUAUAUGGAUGCAAAAGUAAGUUAAAUUAACUUGUAAUUUCCAUCUACGUUGAUUGAGUCAUCAGAACAAUAUGUAGAAUUAGGCGCAACUUUAAAGCGGAGUAAAGUGAAGUAAAGCGGCUCUUGCACAUUUUUUGCGGACGAAGGCGUACGCCCAACCAAAGUAAAAUGCCUCACCGCAUUCUUUUUUAAGGGCCUUCGUCCGUGCGUAUGAUUACUUCUCACAGAUCUCUGACUGGAAAUCUUACGGUUUCCGGGUAAAGGCAAUUAUCUGCAUCGGUUAUGGGCGUACUUGAAGACAAGUCAUUACUUGACAAACACCAAAUCAUUUGUUUCUUUUGUAGGUGUAAACCCUGGAAUUAUUUUCAUCAUGAUAUAAAACCUAAGGCUGGUCUUGAUGGUAUUUGAAUCAUUGUAUUAUCUCUUAUCUCACAGGAUACCGAGUCUUCAAGAAGAACGCAGCUCUUGGGAAACAAACUUGGCAGUCUGGAAAUGAAACUGAAAACUCAAGAUUAGCAGUUGAUGGUAACAGGGCAUCCAAUUUCUCUCUUGGUUCAUGCUCUCUUACAGAGGUGUCCGAGCUCGCCUGGUUUCAAACACACUUGGGCGCGGACGCGAAAGUUACAGGGGUAUUUAUAGUGGUUCGUGGCGAUGACGUCUACCAAGAGAUUACAGAACUAAGCAUUAGAGUUGGCUAUAGACCGGAAAAGCUAGGAAUUAAGGACCCACCCUGUGGAGGUACUACGCACCGUUUCCAAAGAGGUUCAGGGAGAAUGAUCCGCUGUUUACCAGUAGAACCCGGUUGGUAUGUUACCAUAUUUUCUCCAGAAGUCAACAGCACUCUCAGCUUAUGUGAGGUGGAAGUUGAGACCGCCAAGCUAGGUACGGUUUUCUUAAGGUACCUAGUUUUGUUUACUAGCCAGGUCGCUUAUACCCUGAACCAAUGAUGAAGGCCUAACGAGACAACCGUUUUGGAGCCACAAACUGAUCGUAUGUGCGUUCAUUCUAGUCAUAAAUCAAAUAUUUUUAUGUGUUAUAUGAAACACGAGAGGGGGCUUUUUAUUUGAUGUCAGUCAAAGAUCCAAGCGUAGUGCAGCAAAGUUUCUCAAACCGCUGUAGAGUUGUAUAAAAUCAGUAGUCAAUUCUACACAGAAAUUCAUUCCUCUUGUAGGUUUCUAGGAUCACAUUUCCUCUGCCACCUCCUUUCUGUUUAUUUUUCCCCCUUAUCGUACAGAAGACUUUCUCAUUAGGAACAGUUAAAACCUUUCGUAUACAACUACCUCCUGUAAGCGAGCUACCGUGACCACUUUUUGGGCAGAUGGGUUAAUUUUGAUUUUCUAUUACUUUUAACUUCUUGUAAGCGACCACUUGUAUGGUCGGCCAUUUGUUUCAAAAUUAUGACAUGAUAUACGUGCGGUUUUUUCCCACGUAUACUUGCAAUCAUUCCUGCUACACGAUAUACGUGCGUUUUUUUGGCACGUAUAUAUGCGUUCUUUCCUGCUUUGUGGGGUUUUUAUUCCCAAGUAUAUGACCAUUUUCUUACAAACGCGGAUAUAUAUGCGCACAAAAAAUCCCAUAUAAUAUAUGCGUUACAAACAAGCAUGUGGUAUAUGGGGUCGUAGAAAGUCGUCGUAUACGAGGUACCAAAUUAUACCGCAAGUAAAAAACCCCUUCAUGUACGCAAAACUGAUACCUGAGCAAAUUGAUUCCUGAGGGACAUCUUAUGGAAGUUAAACGAGAAUGAGUUAGAUAAUCAUGAAAAUCACAAUUAAAGUGGAGGAGCAAGGAAAGAGAGGCAGGUAGAAGGCUAUUAAAGUGUGAGAAUACAAAACAAGAAACAUGGAAUUUAUAGAGUGAAUAGAGGGAAAGAAUACAAAGCUUCGAGACUAGGAGGCUUAGAAUGUGUUCGUGGAGGAGAAAAGGUGAUAAUUCGCGCGAGAGAGAGAAAAGAAGAAAAAUCGAUUUGUUCGAGCAGACUCUCAAGGUCAUGUUUCACAUUAUCACACGAGCUUAUGAGUGGUGUUUGGCCUGUCAGACGCUCAUUUCUAACUGAAUCGAUCGUUGCUUUGGUCAGCAUUUGUAAAAUAGCGUACAGUCUGAGUCUCUCAAGAGACAAUCCACAGAUUCCAACAAAUCCGUUGUCGGGGAACCAACAACCACCACUACUGUGAGGGCAAUGACUAAGACCCACCCUUGCUCGAGCCAUGCUUGAUUCAAACUGAAGUUACUUUUCAGCUCCAUCGUACGUGAAAGGACUUUUUUCUGACGGUAUAAUUCGGUGCCUCUUAUACGACGACUUUCUGUGAACCCAUAUACCACAUCCGUGUUUGUAACGCAUAUAUAUGGGCUUUUUUGUGCUCCUAUAUAUGCGCGUUUAUAAGAAAAUGGUCAUAUACUUGGGAAUAAAAACCUCACAAAGCAGGAAAGAACACAUGUAUACGUGGCAAAAAAACCCACGUAUAUGGUGUAGCAGGAAUUAUUGCAAGUAUACGUGGGGAAAAAACCGCACGUAUAUCGUGUCAUAAUUUUGAAACAAAUGGCCGAACAUACACUUGGCGAUGACGCGUGGUGUGAUCUUUUUGUUCAAUGUAUGUACUGCGCAUGACUAUGCCACUUAUGCGGAGGACUUUCAGUGACAACAUGGAACUACACAGAUCGUAAUUUGCGUUCACAAAUUUGUGUCAGGAACUUUUCUUGGAAGAGAUCACCUGUAAUUUGAUUACCGUGAGCGACCACUAAAUCUUUGCAUUUUGGGUGGUCUCUUACGGAGGUUCGACUGCACCUUAUUUUUGUCUUUGUACCACAGUAAAAGAUGAUGGCCUUGGAAUGCAAUCCGACCGCAUCUCAGAUGAAAGGAUCACUGCCUCUUCUUGGCUUAGCUCCGAACAUAUGCCAUUCUAUGGGAGAAUGGGGAGAAACAUUGGACAUGGAGCAUGGUGUGCGGCAGUGAACGACACAAAUCAUUUCCUUGAAAUUGAUCUGGGAAUAGAACAUAUGAUCACUAAAAUAAUCACUGAGGGAAAAUAUCGUCUGUCUAAGGAUCACCUCGGAGAGGCUUGGGUGAAAGAAUUUUUUUAUCUCUUAUAG